AUGCUGAAGCAGGACGACGGCGUGUACGCCUGCAUCGCGGAGGACGAUGUGCGGUACAACCUUGGAGAGGUCAAGGAGGAGCUGAUGGCGGCUAUGGGCCUGAACACGGAGGAGGCCGGCAGCGUGGCCGCGUUCCUGCGGCGCGGCUACAAGACCUCCACCUGGUUUGAGGACGACAGGGCGCUGGAGCAGUCCGGGGAGUGGCGGCUGUGA